UGCAACACAAUCACUUGCCGGUUCAGCAACUCUACACCACAACCAUGCCGCCUCGCGCUAGCAAGCAGAAGGUCGAGUACCAAGAGGAGGUCGAGUACGAGGAGGAGGAAGAUUUCGAAGAAGAGCAAGAGUUCGAAGAGGAGCAAGAGUUCGAAGAGGAGCAAGAGUUCGAAGAGGAGGAAGACUUCGAAGAAGAAGAACUGGUCAAUGAGGAACCGCCAAAGGAUGUUGAUUGCUACAAGAUCCUAGGACUAGAGAAGACGGCUACUGCGGACGAGGUGAAGAAGGCCUACCGCAAGGCGGCACUGGUGCAUCAUCCAGACAAAGUCAAGGACGAAGACAAGGCCACCGCUCACACAACCUUCCAGCGUAUUGCCUUCGCUUACUCUGUCUUAUCCACUCCCCACCGCCGUGCUCGCUACGAUGCCAGCGGUCGCACCGAUGACUCCCUCUUCGGAGGUGACGACGAAGGCCCCUUCGACUGGCUGUCCUUCUACCGCGCCCAAUUCGAGAACGUCGUCAACGAUGCCUCUAUCGAGAACGCACGCCAGAGCUACGUGGGCACCGACGAGGAGAAAGCAGAUGUCCUGAAGGCAUACGAAAAGGUCAAGGGCGAUAUGGCGCGUAUGUAUCAGCUCAUCAUGUUUGCUGAGCCGUGGGAGGAUGAGGAGAGGUUCCGCGUCAUCAUUGAUGAGGCGAUCAAGAACGAAGAGGUUGUGGGCUGGAAGAGGUACUUGCUCGAGACGCGGGAGGAUCGGGCUAGGCGCAUUACGAGGGCGAAGAAGGUGCGGGAUAGGGAGGCACAGGAGGUGGAAGAUGAGAAGGCCAAGAAGAAGGCUGGCAGAGAGAAGGGAGGUAAAGCUUCGAAGGAUGAUGGCUUGAGCGAUCUGGCGGCUCUGAUCCUGCAGCGGCAGAAGGCGAGGAGCGGCUUCUUCGACCGAAUUGAGGAGGCCUAUACGCCGGCCCCGCGUGGAAAGAAGCGACAGAGUGAGCCACCGGAGGAGGCGUUCGCCGCUAUGGGCGACAGGCUCAAGAAAAAGAAAAAGAAGCAGAGCAAGCCAGCUUCGGAGGACGAGGCCGAGGAGGACACCGAGGAGGAGUCUGAAGAGGAAAAGCCCAAGCCACGUCGUCGGCUUGGUCGGAAGAAGACUUAAGUGUCUUCUAUCUGCGAGUUCUCUCAUGACUAUAUGAAUGAACGGCAUGGAUCUCAGGUUUUUAGCGUGGAGUUCGGCCGGGCACAGCAUCUGAGAAGGCUGCAUGGCGUUAGGCAAAUACAUAAUAAUUCAAGCGAGGUAGAUUGUCUCGUUAACAUAUCUCCCU